AUGAGCUCCAUGACGAGAGAGAAUUCGAGCAAGCUAGUGAGGCCAUCACCACUCGCUUGUACAGAGUGCCGUAAGAAGCAUCUAAAAUGCGACGCCCGCACACCAGUCUGCUCGAGAUGUACGACAAGAGGCUUGGACUGCAACUACACGCCUUCCCGACGAGGGAUUGGCGGGCGGACGAAGAGACAACAUACAUCCGUCACACCAGACACCUCCAACAGAUCCCCACCCACACCGAACCGCUCCUCAAAUGUCAGCAAAGGAUCAAAUGAAUUCUCACAACUUGAAUCAUAUCCAACGCAAGUUGUGUCGCCUGCUCGUACUUGGACCGAUCUCAGCGAUGCAAGUCAGCACUCCUCCGCAAUCACUCCACCUGCUUCGUCGACUUCUCGAUCAUCUCUUCGUUCCGAGGACGAGCACCUGACCAACUGCUAUUUCGUAAGCUUCCAUCCGUGCCAUCCGAUACUUGUACCACGGACUCGCUACACGAACCAGCGAUAUCCCGAACAUCUUCAAGCUGUGGUUAGAUUCAUUGGCAGCCACUAUGCGCAAACAGGGUCAGAAGAGUCUGCCAGAUCCGCAGCGGCAGCUUUCCUUGCUGAGCAGCACGAGCAAGCGGCCGAGACUGUGCAAGCGCUCCUCCUCUAUGCCAUCGCUCUUCACUCACGAUACGAGCCGAUGGAAGCAAUGUCGGCGAUAGCCAAAGCCACUGAUCUUGCCAUUGAACUUGGCAUGCAUCGGGCGGAGUAUGCGACUACCUAUGGCAAAGCCGAUCCCGUCUUGGAAGAGAGUUUCCGCCGAACUUGGUGGGAGCUAUACGUGACCGAUGGGUACCUAGCUGCUCUUCAUCGACAUACCAACUUCAGGUGUAACAUGGUCAAUGCGACCACACUCUUACCAUGUGAGGAUAGUGCCUAUGCGCAAGCAACGGUACCCUCUCCCUCCACGUCCUUGACACAGUUCGACGCGCGGCUAUUUGCAGAUGAGGAUUACUGCUUUUCAUCAUUUUGCUACAGAAUAGAAGCGAUACGCAUACUAAGCAGAGUAAUCGCAGUAUCUGGAGCAAACGAAGCACAUGCGGACGGCAUUCAGGCCAUUGACAACGCCAUUGCCAGUUUUAAGCAUCACAUUCCCAACGACAAGGCGGCCAUUAUUGAUCGCAGCGGCGAAUGCGAUCAAAUGAUGUUCCAAGCGUUUGUUUUUAUACAGCUGGCCUCCAUUUUCCUCCAUUUCCCCCGGUCAGAACUGCCAAUCACAAUGCCAUCGUCGGCAGAAAUAACAUGUGCACGCCAACACAUGGAACAAGUUUCUCCUGUAUCCAACCAACACGCAGCCAAAAGCAUGGCAGCUUCAAAAGACUUGGCAAACCUCGCAUCGCUCCCCAUUGAGAAGCAUUCGCCAUUCUUCAUAUGCGGGCUGGUCUUCUCUUGCGUAGUCCAGCUGUCGGCCUGUUCGGCGUAUCCCCAAAGCAGCACGCAGCAAAAUCGUGAUCGCGUGGCGUUGAUUUUGGGUGUGCUAAAAUCUUUCGGCCGGACAUGGACUAUAGCUCAAUAUGUCUCGCAACAGCUCAAACGCGCUGCCAGCGAGGUCUUCACGCCGCGACCGGAGAACUCAACUACCGCCAGUGGCUCCUCCUAUGACAGCGGGAUUGACAUGACUGGAUUCCCCACCGACAUGUCUUGGUUCGACUUCUUCAACCACCCCGGUGAUGCAAGCGGUGCCGAGAUGCAACACCAGCUGCUGGGCGGUGUACACGAUAUGACUGGGUUUCAAUAA